CAAGCCACUUGGUUAGCUCAACUUUUUUUGUUUAUCGCGCCCUUCGGAGUUACGUCUAUACAAUAUAUAUAUAUAUAUAUUUUUAUAUAUAUACAGUAUAAAUAGGAGAGAGAUGAGGUCGAUGCACCAGCUGCUGCUGUACUCACUUUGCCUUUGGGCCGUGGUCGUGUUUUGUGCCCCAACUCCCAGUGAAUCCCGUCGCGUGAUCUUCCUGAAGCCGAAUGGCAUACAUCGCGGCCAGAUCCUGGCAACGCAUGGCAUGGAGAAGAUCUGCCCCAAGUGCCACAUGCUGGACCAUCGUGGCAACUGCAGGCGCAUCAUAGCUUACAAUGCAGUCCAGCGUCUGCUCAUCCUGACCUUUGUCGUGCUGGCCAUGAUCCUGGCCCAGAGUCCGCGGAUUACGGAGGCCCGCCGCCUGAUCUUCUACAAUCCGCACACCAAGCCACUCACCAGCCAGCUCCUCGUGUCCCGCAGGCUCACCAAACCCUGUCCCGCCGGCAAAAUGAGGGAUCACCGGGAUCGAUGUCGUCGAGCCGUCAUCUUUGGACGCAGCACCUGAAAAAUCUCUUUUUCUUUAUUUUUUUUUUGACCUAGUCGUAAGCUAACUUAUUUUAGUCGUAGUUGCGUCACAAUGUGACCGUCGAAGUAUUUAUUACAAUAUUUAUUUUGUAGCUAGUAAUAAUGAUAAGUAAUA